UAAUUACAUUCUCAAGAAGACAAUAUCUCCCAUGUAUCGCCUAGCCGGAACCCUAACCCCAUCCCCGCCGCCGUAGAAAAUCUAUUUAGCGAAGAUCUCUGGCUUUUGUAACUAUGAACCGUAAACUCGCAGGACUAAUCAUUGUUGCCAUCUCUUUACUUUACGUCAAUGGAGCUCUUUCCAAGUCUCGUCGACCAAUCUCUGAGAUGGAGAUUCGAGAGAAGAAGCAUCAGUGCUAUGCCAACAUCGAGAGUGGUUUAUGGGGAGAAAGGUGCAAGUCUUCAAUGGUAGCAAAGGAGAAUUGUGCUCUACAAUGCUUGUCACCAGUUUGUUAUGAGCUUGUUUAUGAGAGUGAUCCACUGGAAGAAGGGGAGAAAGAUAUUGUCAGGAGUCAAGAAUACAAGUAUUGCAUGCACAGGGUAUCUCUUGGAGAAAGUUUAGACGGCAUAAGAGGUUCAUUCGAGUUCUAGUUUUUGAAGAUUGAUUUCCGAGGUCUUCUCAUCCUGGGCAUAAAGAUAACAUCACAAUGAUCUCACUUCUCUUGACAUAAAGAUACAUCACCAUGAUCUCACUACUCAGAUGGCUGGGUGCAACUUUCAAAAUUGAUGUAAAACUUAGGGCUUGUUUGGAUAACGAUAGAUCUGCUUUUUUAGGGAUUUGACUAAUUUGCAGUGAAUUCUCACCGUCAAACUUCUAAAUUGAGCCUUUGAAAAACAACUUUUCUCUUUAGCUGUUUGCCAUCAGUGUCAAUUUCUGAAACUCAAGACUUGUAGGCUUUGUUGAUAGAAGUUCUUACUCACUCUGCACAAACUGCUAAAGUUUUUUACUUCAGACUUGUGGUAGAAGAUGGUGAACCACUCAACAAAAAAAGAUCAGAUUUAAACACAUCUACGUAUGUUAAUAUGUUAUAGGUGGCCCAUUCCAAAGAAAUCCUUAACGCCAAAUGUUUUUCUUUAAAUUUUGAU